AUGGGGCGGCCCGUGCACCACGAGAUGUCGUGCAUCCGUUCUGGGAGCUUCGCGCCGUGCACGGUGAUUUGCCACCGAGCACAGCGGACGAAGGUGCGGAGACCAGGAGCGUUAGCGGCAAAUAGCUCUGGUGCUGGCCGCCCCUAUUCGUGUGCUGUUUCUCCCGUGUGUCGAGAGUGUCUUCAGCCUGUGCCGGUGCCUGUGCUGUGCUGUGCUGUGCUGUGGGCUGCUCUGGCUUUUCCAGUGGUGUAUUUUUUGCCACCGCACAGCGCAGCUGCGCUGUGCGGUGGCCUUGCUUUGGCGUCGUCCAAUGGCGCUCUUGCUUGCUUGAAACUCGCAAGAAUUCUCAGAGAAACGCGCGCAGAACGACGCGACAGCUCGCGAGGCGCGUUAAAAAAAGCGAUUCAAAAAACAGAAAAAAUUAAGAAAAACAGAUCGCUGGUUUAUCGUCGCAAAGUAUUUAAAGAACAGAGGUUAAUUUAA